AGUUGACGUGCCAGAUCUGAAUAGGAAGCUGAUGUUUCUCCACCUGGACCUUACAAAUGACAUGAUCCUAAUUAAGGCACAUUAGAGGGAAUAAGUGAAUUCCCAAGAAUGACAUUUUAAAGGUAUCUGAUUCUGGGAGGAAAGAACUGGUCAUAUGUUUUCCCUACAUCUGUCCAUGAGGCUAUUACAAAUCUACUAUGUGGCUGCAGAAUUGGUUCCAUAUAUUAAGCCUGGCUGUGUUCCUCAUCACAUUUUCCAUUCAUGCUGAUAGUGACACUCAGGUGACGGAUUCUAAGAGUGAUGGGAAUACUAGGCCUUUAAAUGGACGCUGGACAGCUUGGGGCAUGUGGACUUCCUGUUCCAGUACCUGUGGGAAUGGAGUUACAGUCAGGACACGAUGGUGUUUACGGGUCACUAGAAUAGACAGGUGUGCAGGAGAACAGCGACAGUACAGAAGCUGUCAGUCAGAGAUGUGCCCAGAAGAUGCUUUACCCUUCAGGGAUCUGCAGUGUGCUCUGCACAAUUACAGACCCAUUCCUGGCAGUAAACGGGGGUACAAGUGGGUACCAUUUUAUGGAGCACCCACUGCUUGUCAUCUGAACUGCUUGGCUGUCGGACAGAACUUUUAUUACACCUUUGGACGAGUGUUAGAUGGAACAAGCUGUGGGCCUGACUCUAAUGGCACCUGUAUCAAUGGCCAGUGCCUGAAAGCAGACUGCGAUGGGAUCUUUACAUCUGAGGUCUCCAAUGAAUCAUGUGGAAAGUGUCAAGGGCAACAAAAUGCCUGUGUUUUCAUACAGAAUGUUUACCUGGCCCCUUUCCCCUCUUCAGGUUACUUCGGAUACAAAAAUGUGACAAGAAUACCUGCUGGUGCUUCACAAAUUAAAGUGACAGAUCAAAGCCGCAACAUAUUAGCCUUGAUGGAUUCAAGUGGCCACUUUGUAAUUAAUGGCGACUGGGUGGUUUCUUGGCCAGGAAAAUACAAAGCAGCAGGAACAGAAGUUCAUUACAUUCGGAAUUCAGAAAGUCAUGAGGUUUUGGAAGCAGAUGGUCCUACAAAUGAGGAUCUUUAUGUGCAGGUUCUCUUCCAAGAAAAUAAUCCAGGGAUUACAUAUGAAUUCUGGCUACCAAAGGAUCUUUACGAUAAUUACAAAAGGGAGCCCCAGUUGAGCUGGCAACAUUCAGAACAUGAGGAUUUGAGCUCGUGGGUAAAUAAAACUGCCUCCAGAAAUGGGGAAAGUCAUUUAGGAACACUGCAAGAUAAGCAGGUGCUUACUGUUUCCAGAAAAGGACGAUGUAGAAGGUGUAAAACUCCAAAGGGAAAAUCACAGAGGAUAAAGCAGUACUGUCAAAGUGAUUUUGCGAUCCAUGCCAAGGUUUUGGGAAGAAGGCUAAUCGGACAAGAGACACGCUAUGACAUCCAAGUAAAACAUGCUUAUAAAAACAAGUUUCCAAUCAUGUACCGUGAAUAUAUCUGGGUGUCCAAUACAUGUGACUGUCCUUAUUUAGUGGAUAGACAUGAAUAUAUUAUGAUGGCCUCAAAACAUGUGAACCAUGAGUAUACUCUAAACAGAAUCCUGCUCUCUGCGACCAGCUUUGUUAAACCCUGGUCCCCACAGGAGGACCAGAGGCUGCAGCAUGUGAACACUUUUUGUACAAGUACACCCUGAGGCCUUCGAAAAUAAUCUCAUUGUUAUAGAAGGUGCAGCUGGAGAGGAAACUUGGAUCAAUAUUCCAGCAAAAUCUAGGUUAGUUCAGCUGUUAGUUUCUUUAAUAUUUCUGAAGGCUGAUUAUUGGCUGCAUCUGUCCAAAAACAUAUCUGGGACUCUGCAAAGCAAUAGUGUUAAAAUAUCAGAAAAAUAAAGGGACAGCACAUAUAGAAAUAUGCCAAACCACUACUGUCCGAAGUGCAUUUAAGCUUGCCCCCAUAGCAUAAAAUAAAUCCUCCAAAACAUCAGUGAAUUACCUGCCAAACAUCUUGCU